AUGAGAAGCUCAACCAGCAAAACAGGACUCCAUCCUCUCCAAACACCCGCUCAGCUCCCAAUCAUGGAAGAAAACCAAUCGUCCCACACACUUGAGGAAAAGGUCGAGCCAACCGCUUCUCCCGACACUCUUUGCGACGAUCCUGGUCAGCUUGCACAAGGAAUGAGAACAUCCGAGGAACAUCAACCGCUCAAGCAACACUUGGGAGAGAUCACCGAGAUGUGCAGCAACAUGCAAUUGACCGUGGAAGAAUCCAAGCUGAAGGUGGAUAGUGUCUCCUCGAUGAUAGCCACCCACAUGGGAAGAGAAAAGUCAUCAUCCGCUACCACAUCAGCAUCGCUCCACUACAUUUGCGGAGCAAUCGCCAACAUACAGGAGAGACUUGCGGCCAACCACACGACGGUGAUAAACGACUUGGACGAGUGCAAAAGGGAUAGGGAGGAUGUACGUGUCUCCCUCGAGAACAUCAUCAACCGCUGUACCCGGAACACCUGCUUCUCUGUGACUGUCCACGCUUUUGGAAUCUUCGACGCGUCUGGUCUAGGCCAAGCCAGGCUGGUCGCGGAGGCCCAAACCGCGAAUGGUAAAGAGGUGGCGAUCUUUGUAAAAGACACACCGAAGUACUACUCGCGCGCUGGCUUCGCGAAGAUCCAUAGCGACGACAACGCGGAGAACCAUCGUGCUUCAGCACUUCGACAAGGAGUCAUGGAAUGGGCAAGAGGACACGACAACUGGUAUGAGCACUACGCAGAUUGGAUGGAUUAUCAUCCGAACCAAAUCCCGCUCACAUGUCCAUGCAUCAGUACCCGUACGUCACCAACCGCUCUACAUGAUCGCCGCGAACAAUGCAUUAUCCGAAAACUUGCACAACUCUCCACGAUCGUCUUGAUCGACGGAACACGAGUGGUCCCGUUUGAGGAAAUGCAGACGCUCGUUAUCGACCUCCAGUGA